AUGGAGGGUCUACUUCUUCGAGAAGUUACUAAGUUGAUCCUUGACUCUAAAAUUAUUGAGGAUCCCAAAAUAGUUUCAGCAAAGCAUAAAGUUACUGAGUUUCAGCACCCCAAGGAGUUGGAGGAAAUUUUCGAUUUGAACCUCGGUGAUGAACCGUCAUCUCUCGAUACUAUGGUGAAACUUUGUCAGGAUGUUCUUAAAUACAGUGUUAAAACUUGUCAUCCUAUGUUUGUGAGCCGACUCUACCAGGGCGUUAACGGAUUCGGACUGUCAGGGGCGUGGCUUGCAGAAUCAUUUAACACUAAUCAGACAACAUAUGAAGAGGCUCCUGUGUUUGUUUUAUUAGAAAAUGCAUUAUUGGAAAAAAUGAUUAAGUUAGUUGGAUGGGAAGACAGCGAAGGUAUAUUUUACUUAGGUGGGUCAAUGGCAAAUAUGUAUGGAAUGUCAGUUGGGGACUUUCAUGCUGAUCCUUCAGUAAAAACUAAAGGCAUACGGGAGUUACCUCCUUUAGUGUUAUUUAUAUCUGAUCAGGCUCAUUACUCAGUCAAGAAAGGAGCUUUAUUCUUAGGGUUUAGAACAAAUAAUGUGAUUGAAAUAUCUACUGAUUCACAAGGUUGA